AUGAAGACGGCUAAACCUCCCGCGGCCGAGGCUCCCUCGGGGCCAUCUGGCUCGAAUCGCAGAGCACAACCCGUGCGACAGACGCGAAUCAACCCUCCACGAACCAACUCCCUCAAUCGAAACAACUCGUUCCCCAGCGGCCCUGCCCCGGAGCAGCCCAUCGACAUCUUCCCCGCCGUCACCCACUUCGCCGAUGCCAUUACCGCCCUGCCAAAGGAGCUUGUGCGGCACUUCACUCUCCUUAAGGAGGUCGAUGCCAAGAUCUUUGCUCCCGAAGCGGCCCUCUUCGAGCUCGUCGGUGCCGCUCUCAAGGCUCCCGUCCCAGACCGCACCCGAUCGAAUACCGAUGGCAAUAGUAGCGUUGCGCCGGCGUCGACGCCAAUCAGUGCCCAGAACAGCGCCGGCGGACUGGUGCCCGCGAACGCGAACCCCGCUACGGUACCACCAUCGAACACCGAUUCGGCCCAUGCCGCCGUCUUCGACCCUACCAAUCUACCGCGUCGGCACCUGUUCAGACAGGCCGCCUGGAAGAUACAAGAAAUGCUAGUUUCCCUCGAGGAAAAGAACCACGUCAUAUCCACUGCGAACGAUGCCCUUCACAAGCAGCUGUCGCGCAUUGAGGAGAUUUGGCCACACCUGGAGAACGAGUUCAGCGACGAGGCCAAAUGGGGCAGCACUACACACUGGGCAUACGCCGAGAACCGGGUUCCCAAGACAAACCACAAGGAAGCGGAGCGAUCACGACGCGAAGGUGCGGCUACCCUCUCUGCCGCUGCCCAACAGAUAGCCGAAGAAGCCGCUGCACGUAGUAGCGACAGGAAACAGGCGUUGGCAGCGAAGAAGAACAACAAAGGACAGGCCACUGAACCAGAGGCAGAUUUAAAAGCACAGGAAACCACCAAGAAGGGCCCAGGGACCGGCAAAUCCAGGAAACACCAGGCCGAAGCUACCCCCGUCGGACUCGGAAUCGCCAAUGGCACCCCGACUAAUGGGGCCGAACCAUCAAAAAGACGAAAGGUCAACAAGGAGCCCAAAACCAAUGGAGGUGCCCCUAUGGAACGUGCCAUGAGCAGCGUCUUUGGCAAUGGAACGGGAAAAACCAAGGCAACCGCGAGUCCCCGGGGAUCCCCAGCGCCCGAUGGAGCCGCCCCAGCCGGACCUACUACGAAGAAGCGUAAGGCGCUCCCGUCAGGAAGUGGACAGGCCAAGAAGAGCAGGACGAAUGCCGCCAAUUCACCGUCGGUGGCGGCAUCUCCCCUUCUGGGAUCUCUUCCUGAUCCCAAGGCCGGACGUAACUCCCCCGUGCCACUUCCUCCUCGUCCGGCUUCGUCACGCGCACGUCAGAACUCUACCGCGUCUACCAACCUCCCUAUACAGCAACGACCCGCGACCGCCACCACAAACAAGCCCAACGGGAUUACACCGGCAGUAAUGGAAGCCGUGGCGCAGAGCAAGUCAACUUCAGAUGCGAAGGUACAAAAGGAAGCCGAACCCGUUAUCGCUACGCCUGCCAAGACCGAGACCGCGAAGCCAGAGACAGAAAUCAAGCCUCCUAUCCCACCAGAGCCGGUAUUCAACGCUGCCACAGCCAAGAAAGAAACUGGCAAGGCGGCGACUGUCCCAGCCGAAGAGCCGGAACCACCCAAGAAAAGAGCAAACUCGUUAGUAACACAGACAGCGAUACUACCUCCGCCAAUAAGUACUGUUGUGACAACCACCAAGAGCGGUCGCGCGAGCAAGCCGUCAACACCAGCGUUGGGUACCUUCGCCGAGGCUGCCAAUGCCACCACAACGACUGCGAGGUCACGACCAUCAAGGAACAACACUAAUCAAUCGGACAAAGACAGCAACGGCACUAGUGGAAAGGAUACCUUUGGUAACAGUACCGUCACGGCAUCAGGAGCCACGACAUCAAAGCGCAGCCACAAGAAGGGCGCUUCUGCGGUCUCGGCCAUGGCUGUCUCUGCUGCUCUUCAAGAUGAGAAGCCAGGCAAGUCAGCCGCGGCUUCGGACGAAAAGAAGGACGUCAGCGACGAGAAUAACGGCCGACCCACCACUAGCGGCCGAGGGAAGGGCGGCGCCGCUCAUCGUGACAGCAAAGCCGAAAGGGCCUCGGAAAGAGACCGAGGAGGCGACCGCGACACAAAGUCUGAGACCGGCCACGGUCACGGUCACGGAAGAAGAAGUACCGCUGCGGCUGCUGCUGCCAGGGCUCAGCAACAGCAACCUCAGCAACAACGGCAGGAGGAAGAGGACGACGAUGACGAUGAUGAGGUCGACGCUGAUGAGCAGCGAUACUGCUUCUGCAACGGAGUCAGCUACGGAGAGAUGGUGGCUUGCGAUGGAGACGGGUGUCCAAGGGAAUGGUUCCAUUUGGAGUGUGUGGGGCUGAAGGUGGCGCCCAAGGGGAAUGCGAAAUGGUAUUGUGAGGAUUGCAAAAAGAGGUUACGCGCUUCGGGCAGGUGA